AUGGAGACCGAGCAGGAGGUAGCCUUAGAGGAGAUGCUUCGACUGGUCAAAGCACAUGCCUUUGAAAUGAAGCGGAGUUUGGACAAGAAGGACAUCAGGGAUGGUCUUCGGCACGUGAAUAAUAUGCUGAACGAGUUGAGAACGCCUGCGUUGAGUCCGAAAUUCUACUACAGAUUGUGUAAGUUGAUAUAUUCUGUUUUUACUGUACAGGCCACUUGUUUUAUGUCGUUUAUGUGUUUUUAUACUGUUUUACAUUUCGACAGUAUGCUUUACUCAUUUCUUUUAUAGAUAUCGAUGUGACAAACGAGCUACAACACUUUUUGUCGUAUUUAACGGACGAAUAUCUAGUGGAAGGGGAGAAUAAAGUGACAGAGCUGUACGAAUUGGUUCAAUUUGCUGCUCACAUUGUUCCUCGAUUGUAAGUUUUUUAAAUUUAUUUUGAUGUUUAGGUAUCAACUGAUUGCAGAAAGCUUUGCUUUAUAACCAAAUCAAAUAUUUGUUUAGAUAUUUGAUUGUAGAGUUGACCAAUCAAAAAAUACUGGCAAAAACGUUGAUUUGUUACCUAAUUUUCAGAAAAUUGGGUUUUAAAUGUUAAUUCAUGACAAAAAUAUUUUUUAGGUACUUAAUGAUCACAGUAGGAGUAGCGUACAUAAAGUCAAAAGAAGCUCCAUGCAAAGAUAUUCUGAAGGACAUGGUGGAGAUGUGUCGUGGUGUUCAACAUCCCAUUAAAGGUUUGUUUCUGAGGAAUUACUUGUUGUCGAGUACCAAAGAACUUUUGCCGAUCUGUGCGCCAGGCGAAAAUGAUGGUGAAGGUAAUAUCAACGACAGUCUGGAGAUCGUGAUGACAAACUUCAGUGAGAUGAACAAGUUAUGGGUCAGAAUGCAACACCAAGUAAGGCAAUUUGACUUUUUAGGGCUUUUAAAGUGUAAGAUACGUUUUGCACAGCUUUGAGUGUAUAUAUAAGUAGAUGUUUUUUUUUGUUAAAAAGGUUUUUUAGGUAAUAUUUUGAGCUAUUAACCAUUUAAAUUUAUAGGGACCAAGCAGAGAAAGAGAGAAGCGAGAGAAGGAAAGACGAGAGCUUCGUAUUUUAGUUGGUACAAAUUUGGUCAGAUUGUCUCAGCUAGAGUUACUUGAUUUGGAGAUGUACAAAACAUUGUUGUUGCCGGGUAUCUUGGAGCAGUCAGUAUCAUGUCGCGAGCCAAUUUCUCAAGAAUAUCUUAUGGAGUGUGUUAUUCAGGCACGUAAAUGAUUUUUUAUACUACUUGCUAGUGCAGCUAGUGUAUUAGAAGAUUUUUGUAGGCAUUUUAUACAUUUUAUACCAAUGCUAAAUCUAAUCUGUUCUAGGUAUUUCCCGACGAGUUCCACCUGGCCACAUUGUCAGAAUUCCUCGGAGCUUGUCUCAGCCUUCACCCCAAUGUACAGAUCAAGAAUGUGUUAUGUGCUGUAAUUGAACGAUUGAUAGAGUUCUCAUUGUUAAACGACAAUCAAGACUUGCCUAAAGAACACAAGCUGUUCGAGGUAUUCUCGGAACAUUGCGAAAAGAUUAUCUCAACACGAGAAGAGAUGCUGCCUGAGGAUAUUGUCACUAUUCAAGUAAGUAUGACGUUUUUUGUAUAAAAUUUUGUGGUUUUGUACUAAGUGAUAUUAUGCUGUUCAAAUAAUUUUGGGUUCUUUUAAAACAAAGUUAUUGGGAGAAGGGCGCAAAAUUAUUUGAACAACCUAAUAGAAAUUUCAAGUCAUUUUUCCGUUUUUAAGAGUUUAAAGAGUAAAAGUUCGUUUGUAUAUGAAUGAAGUUAUGACUUGCAGCGUGCUCUCGUGAACUUGGCCAUAAAAUGUUAUCCUGCCAAAACAGAAUACGCCAACACUGUAUUCGCUUCGACGGCUUCUAUUUUCGAACGAUUGAACGAGAAAAAGUAAGUUUUAAAGAGCUAAUUACUAGUGGGUUGUUCAAAUAAUUCGGUAUUCCUAAUCUCGAAAAGUUGCCUUGAAAUGGGCACAGAAUUAUUUAAACAAAUUAAUAUUAAAACACGAUAAAAUACGUUUUUAAAUCAUUUUGCAAGUAUUUACGUUAUAUUACUUUAGUAUUCACGUUGCACUACAAUAAGAUAUUGUAUCUUUCAAAUAUUGUAUUGCCCGUACUUUACCUUUCCUGUGCCAAUGUUUAAAUGAUGAUUUAAAUUUUUAGUAUCCCGCCAAACAAAAGUGUUGGCAAAGAACUGAUCAAGUUGCUCAAAAUGCCAAUCGACUGCUACAGUAACUGUCUGACGUUACUGGAAUUGGAUUCGUACAAAACUGUACUCAACUUGUUGUCCACCAGAGGACAGACAAACGUGUGUUCAGCUAUAAUCAAAGCCAUAAUAGAGAAGGAGAUCUACAUCACGGAGGAAGAACAACUCGAAAAGGUAGGUUUUACUGUUAUGUUUUACUUUACUGAGUGGUAUUGACAGAUUUUUUUUGUUAAAAAAGAGGGUAUGAGGUUUUUUUUAUUUUUAGGUAUGAAAUUAAGGUUUUUGAACUAAAAAUAAUAAUUGAAAUGGAUUAUAUUAAAUAUUAGGUUGUUCAAUUAAUUAUGUGCUUUUCUCGGAGCAAAUUUUUGGGGUUAGGGGCGCAGAAUUAUUUGAACAAUCUAAUAUUACAAAAAAGUCUAUUGAUUCUUUUAAAUUUUUUGAUAUUGUUAUAGUUAUUCUACGUCCUGGAGAUCCUCCUGAUUCCUCAAGAAGAUGAACAAAAAGAUCAAGAGAACAUCGACGAGUUCGAGGAACACAUGGAGUUGGUCGCAGCUCUAGUACAUUCGAUCAAAAACGACAAUCCUGAAGUUCACAUGAAGUUUUUGUCUAAAAUACGAAAAGUUUUCGGAAAAGGCGGAUCUCAGAGGAUUGCUUUCACAUUACCACCCUUAAUCUUCUCAACUUUUGCACUUACCCCAGCCUACACGGAGGCGGUCAAGGAGACGGUAGGUUUUGCUUUUGAAAUUUUGAUAUUUUUUGAAGGUUUUGUAUUACGUUGUUUGAAUAAUUCUCUGCCCCAAACUCUAAAAAAUAUUUUUUGAGAGGGGCACAGAAUUAUUUGAACAACCACCUAGUGGUAAAGGUUUACGAUGCUUUCAAGUAUUAUUAGAGUAUUAGAUGUGUAUUGUUCUUAUGGAAGUAUUGUAGUUUGUCUUACUGUACUUUUUAAAACGCUCGUUUUUAUCUAACUACAAUCACAAGUUUAACCUGUUUUUGUUAAAUUAGGUACAAUUACAACUCGUAAUUAGAUUCAAUAUCACGUGAUACUAUAACAAACAUUUUUUUAUACGAAACAUGUGCUAUAUUAUGUCUUACGUGCAUUACAGAUACUGUAUUAUAAUUAAGUUGUAUAAUACAGUUACUGUAUCGUAAUUAAGUUGUAAAAUAACAUUAUUUAAUUUUACAUGAGUCUAUUAUAAGAUAAUGUAUGAUUAGGUUAACACAACAUAAUGUAUGGUUAUGAGAUUAGCUUAACACAAUAUAAUGUAUGCUUAUAGCGAGAUAAUGUAUGAUUGUAGCUUGUGAUUUCAGGAGGACUCGAAUCAGAAAGUGAUAAAACUCUUCCAGUUCUGUCAGAACACGAUCAAUGCCUUGAAGGCAGAAACCGACAGCUACGAAGCAUGUUUGAAUAUUCUGCUGCAGGUGAGUAACAGCUGAUUUGCAUGCGUUAUGCUUUGAUUCUAUCUAGAGUCGCUUUUCGAUUAUAUUUUUGAUUAAAUUGAGUGAAAUAUAGUUCCUGUUAUGAUUAGAUUGAAUGAAAAACAGUUUAUGUUAUGGUUGUUUAGUGUUAUAAUUGGCUUAACUGUUGGUUUUUAAAAGCUAGUGAUAACGAUUUCAGGGAGCUCUGGUGGCUGAUAAAACUGAUUUUGAAGAUUCCGAGACCGUCGCCUAUGAAUUUAUAUCUAAUGUAAGUUAUUUUAGUAUUAUAUAUGUAGUUUUAAACUUUUUCUUUAAUUUGGUAGUUUUUGUGUAUGAUUUUAUAGUAGGGGGUGUUUUAAAAAGCUAUGUGAUAUAUCAUUGGUAUUAUAUUUAGUUUAUUAGUAAAAUCUUGCUUUAGGCAUUUACAAUCUUCGAAGAAGACCUCACCGAAUCCCGUGUCCAAGCCCACUGCCUGUCCCAGAUGAUUGGCACGGUCCAAGCUCUGCAUAAUGUUAAGGAAGAGAACCACGAAACCCUCCGCAAUCAGUGUGCUAUGUACGCGUCGAAGUUGCUGAAGAAGGCGGAUCAAGCCAAAGCUCUGUGUUCGGCCUCCCAUCUCUUCUGGUUCUCGCGGCCCAAAGACUGUGAGGAGCCGAUAAAGAAUGGCAAACGAUUGUCCGAAUGUCUGAAGAAGGCACUCAAAGUGACGUCACAGUGCAUGGAGGAUCAGGUUCAGCUGGGCUUGUAUGUUCUGAUACUCACAAACUACGUUUACUUCUACGAGCUUUGUUGUGAUACGGUAAGGCGAGGUUUGGGCAGGGGAUUGAGAUUUUUGGGUAUAGGGGAGGGGUAAAACAAUUAUCCAGUGUUUAAAAUCUUAUUUUUAAUUAAAAAAUGGAACUUUAUGUAAGAUGUUUAUUUUUUUCCAUGUUCUAAUAAAUAGUUUUUUAGAUUGACGGUAUUACGAUCAGCAAGAUGAUUGACAAGAUCCGUGACUCUUUACAACAAGUUGAUCCUUCUACGAACGCUGAGUUACUCACAGAGACAUUUAAUGUAAGAUUUUACAUAAAGUUUUUAAAUUUUAAACUUUUUAAAAUUACUAUGAGUUUUAAAAAUACUGUAGAUUUAACAAUUUGAAGAAUAUUUAUAUCUACCUAAUGCUAGUAAUCAUAUAUUCUUUUACAGAACAUCCUUCAAAAGGCUUCGACCCUAAAACGCUCGGAUUCCGACGAUCUGGCCAAGCUUCUGGGCUCUCUGUAG